GUUGACCCGGUAUUGCACCUGCCUCCGGGAACGGCCCACCUAGCUCAGCUAGGCUCAAAAAGAUGGGAUUCUGGUGCUACUUUUGCUUUACUUCGAGAUAGCCGUGAUGUCGACAACAAAAUAAAUGCCACACUGUGCCUCGGAGGUAUUGGUUCAAAAGUAUUGGUUCAAGAAGCAGCGAAAAGAGUGGCUAAUUCUGAUGCAAAAGAUGAAGCUCAUCGCUGCAGUAUAAGAGACUGCAAAGAGUCUGUUGAACGUCGUGAUGAAAGUGGUGCUAUUGGCAUCACGAUCUCCCCAAGUUGCAGUCUGCUGGUCACCGAUUCAGUAAGCAAUUACAAAACCGCAAAAGGUAAUAAAUACCCGGGAAGGCAUAACACCGUUUUGCGACCAGUGACUUCAACGAAUUUUAGAUCUCCUGAUACUUCUCCUUUGAAAUUACACGUUUGUCUUGAAAGUCCCAUCCCAAUUCUGAUCGGAAUUGAACAUUUUAAAUUCUCGACUGAAAACCAAUUGAUUUCAUCUUAG